GGAGGUAUCCGCAGCUCGUACGCCAAUCUGGAAUACAACGUGAGGAACAGGAAGUGACCCGGCUCAGCCGCGGCCUCCAUCUCCCAGCAUUCCCUGCGGCGCCCAUUGUAAACAGGCGAGCUGCAGAACCAUGUAUGCAAUGCACGACCGUGCCCGUGUCGCCGUGGCCCUGGCUAUGGUGGCCCUUGUGCUAGACCAGAGGAGCAAGAGGAGGAGGAGGAGGAGAUGCAGGGCAAAGGAGCAGCUGCGCAGGAGGAGGGGGCCCCAGGGGCCCCUGAGGCGUGGGAUAAGGGACAAUAACCCUGAUGACUUCAGGGUCGCCUUGGGGCUGACAGACCCCGCUUUCCAGGAGCUGCUGCAGCUGGUGACCCCCUUCGCCAAAAUGCAGAAUCACGACGCGCGCCUACCCUCAGUCGUCAGCGCCGAGCAGAGAUUGGCGGCGACGCUACGCUUCCUGGCUGCGGGACGUUCCUUGGAAGACAUUAAGUCCUCGACGGACAUAUCCGUCCAGGAUCUGGGCGACAUAAUCCCGGAGACGUGCGAGGCGAUCAUUCAGGCGCUGGAAGGGGAAUACCUGAAGUUCCCUUCGACAUGUGAGGAGUGGCAAGAGAUCGCGCACAAUUUUGAAGAAAAGUUUCAUUUCCCAAAUUGUGGUGGAGCCAUCGGUGGCAAACAUGUACGGAUAAUGCCUCCGGCCACCAGUGGGUCAUACUUCUGUAACUACAGUGGGUUCUCUAGCAUUCUUCUCACUGCUAUUGUCAACGCGAAUUCUGAAUUUAUCUUCGUGGAUGUUGGCACAAAUGAUGGAGUGUCUGUCGGCGGCGCCUUGGAGCAGACUGUUCUCUACCAUAAACUACAGAAUGGUUCCUUAAACCUACCUUCUGUCAGACAAACCAAGCACGGCCUCAAUUUCGUGUUUGUUGCCAGUGAUGCCUUCGCCUUGCAUUUGAAUGUUCUAAAACCGUUCCCCCAAAGCGUCCUAACACCUGAAAGACGCGUUUUCAAUGAUAGACUAUCACGAGCAAGGCGAGCGGUGGAAAACGCUUUCGGGAUACUGAGUAAUCGGUUCAGGAUUUUCAGUACGUCCAUAAUGAUGCACCCAGAUAAAAUCGACAAAGUAGUAGUGGCCUGCUGCGUGCUGCACAACUAUUUAAGGCGCCAACAGCAGUCUGGUUCCCAUGCAGCAGCGGAGGACUGUGUUGACGGUUUAAGAUGGACCCCACCGGAGAUCGACGAAUCGGGAAAUCCGACAGGUCACGCUAAAGUAAAUCGGGACAGUUACGUGAACUAUUUCAAUGGGCCUGGUGUAGUGGGCCGGCAAGAUAACAUUGCCUUAUAAAUCUAACAUACGUGCGUGUUAUUGCCAUGUUACAGCUGUGUAAUACCUUUUUGUUUUUACAUGUUAUAUGUUCUCGGUUAAAAUUUGGACCAUGUUAGUUUCCAAUCUUCAGCAUAACACUAAGGCUUGUGCCAAUGGAAGAUAACUUUUAUGUUUUGCAAAAAUAAAUUUUUUGAUCUGUUUAA